AUGAACCGAUUAUCACUCAUACUUCUGCUCCUCUGCGGGCUUGUCGCUCUAGUCAGCGCAAACUCACCAACAUUCUGCAAAUGCACCUGCUUCAAGAACAGCACAAUCGUCGCCCUAGGCCCCCAGCACAGCGAUGACAACACGGCCGCCAACCCUCCGCGAGACCUUCCCCCAUCAGACCUCCACCGCGACUCCAAGCGCGCCGCCUCCUCGUCCUGCUCGCAGUGCACCAAGGCCUUUUGCCUCUCGCGGGGCAUCGACUUCUGCCGCGACGCGACGGAGGAGAACGUGCAGACGAUGUGCUUCCAGCGCGACAGCAACAAGGACAAGGUGAUUGUCUGGGGGUUCCUCCUCGGCACCACGGGGCUGCUGGGCUGGGCGGCGUUCAAGCGGGCGCAGGAGCUGCGGGAGGGCAAGAGGCAGGCUGAGGCGGCGCAGACGGGGAGGGGCCGGGGCGACUACAGUCCUCUGCAGCCGGCGACGAAUUGA